AUCUGAUUGCCGAGUCCCCGAUGUUGUGAGUGGUCACAUCCAGAACAACCUGCCGACGCCGCGCGCUCGGUUUGUCGGCAGUGCUGCUCAUUCGUGACAACAGUCUCGUUGUGUACAAAGAAUUACGGAAUGUAAGCGAAGUCGGAUGCUGCAUUAUAGGUGAGUCACUACUUACAAGUGAGGAAUCGUCAUAUCCUUGAAGGCUUGCAAUAUAAGACGUAUGCCUCAUCUCUCUUCAGUUGUUAAUACCAGAAUCUACACUUGCUAGUACGCCCCGCAACAAGGCACGCUUUCUUGCUUGAACCGUCAUUCCGUCGUCUCCGAAAUCUCUCUAGCAAGACAGACCCGCGUCUCCUGCAAUAUGUCAUCUCCACAAAACGAGUUCGCAAAGACUCUCAAAGCACUCCAUCAGCCUGGAAACCCGGUGGUUCUCACAAAUGUUUGGGACGCAAUCAGCGCCCGCACCGUAGCCUCCAUCCCGGAAACUAAAGCUAUCGCAACAGCGUCCUACGCCGUUGCCGCGGCCGCCGGCCUCCAAGAUGAAGACCUCACACUCGAGGUCGAAAUAGCUGCUGUGCGAGCUAUUGCGCCUGUUGCGAGAGAGUUCAAUAAGCCGCUCACCGUGGAUUUCCAGGACGGGUUUGGCGAGCGCUUGGAGGAAGGACUAAGAGCUAUUAUCAAGGCCGGAGCGGUCGGAAUUAACCUGGAAGACUAUGGAAGAGAAUUAUCUGAUGGCAAGGGUGGCCUUUAUGAUGUCUCCGUUGCUCAAGAUCGUAUCCAGCGUGUCCUAAAGAUUGCGGCGGAGGAGGGUGUGCCAGACUUUGUUAUUAAUGCGAGGACGGAUGCGCUCCUUGAAGGUCGCCCCCUUUCCGAAGCCAUUGAACGCGGCAAGGCUUUCCUUGCUGCUGGAGCGCACAAUGUCUUCAUCUGGGGUGGCAGGGCGCGAGGUGGGUGGUCCAGGCAGGAAGUUGAAGAAGCGAGCAAAGCAUUGGGUGGGAGGUUGAAUGUUAGUCUGCGUAGAGUUGUCUCUGGGGGAUUGACCGUUCAGGAAUUGUCGGAUAUUGGGGUCGCUAGGAUCAGUGUUGGUCCACAAUUGAUGCAAAGGACGCAAGCAGCGGUCGCAGAGGAGAUUGCUAGCAUCCUGAGGUCAGAUAAAGUGUAAUGCUCGACGGGUCAAGAAAUGCGAUGUUUUCAAUUGUUACCAAAUGCUUUCCAAUGAUC